AUGGCCCUUUCCCCCUUUGCAGCUUCUUCCUUCUCCUUUGCAGCUUCUCGUCCCCCGAUGUGUUCUGUUGGAUCUAAAUGUUCAGGCACCUCUACACCAAUGUAUGAAAACCCUUUCAGUACUGUACAGUUUAUGAUGCAUGUGCUGGUAGUGUCUCAUUUAAGUGAAUCAACUGUUACACCAAGUAUAAAAGUGAAGCACAAUGCUAUGAGGCCCGGUUGCUAUCAAAGCGAAGAUAUUAUGAAAACCUUGCAUAUUGAAUGGUGCAAGUCGAGAGCACACACCAGCCAAUUGGCUAAAGAGGUCAAGCUCCUGCAAGAGGAGAUGCGCCGAGUUGCAGAAUUUCUUUCCUGGCAUGCAGCGUGGUGGAAGGAGCAGGCUGUUCGCAGGACUGGCUUGACCACAGCAGAGCGGGAGGGUAUGCAGGGAUAUGUGAGGGCUAUGCGAGACCAAUUCCUAGCCCUGUGGAAUGUUGUACUGGUUCUCCUGCAGUUACUGUCGCCUGUCGCCCCAUAG